AUGCUUCCAUCACAUUCUAACAAAAUGUUUGCUGCUACUAAUGAUAUCCUUGAAGCAAAUACCAUGUUGUUUUACUUAAUAGGGUUGGCAUUACUUGGCUUCACAUUAGUAUACACUAUUGUACUUGCUUUUAGCCGUACUCCACGACUCCCCUUACCUACUGAAGAUACAUAUGUUACUAACGAUGAAAAAGGAGAAAGACACGAUUUACCUCCCAGAAUAACAACCUCAAGUAAAUACAAAGACUAUGAUAUUGAUAUUAGUCUUAUCAUCCCUUGUUAUAAUGAAAGAAAAAGAUUAGGAAAAAUGUUGGAUGAAUCAGUUGAAUAUCUUGAAAAAAAUCAUCAAGGUAGAUAUGAAAUUUUAAUUGUUGAUGAUAAUUCAAAAGAUGGUACUCGUGACUAUGCAAUCGAAAAAGCUACCGAACUUGGUUUACCCCCUCAUAUUAUGAGAGUCGUCAAUCUAUUAAGAAGAAGAGGAAAAGGUGGUGGAGUUUGUCAUGGUCUAUUACAUGCCCGUGGAAAAUAUUCAAUUUUUGCUGAUGCUGACGGUGCUACCAAGUUUUCCGAUAUUAAUCAAUUCAUUGAAUUUAUGGAUGAUGCACAAAAUAAAGAACCUAGUAUUGCUAUUGGAUCCCGUCGUGCUGUAUUGGCGGAGGAGGAAGCUGUUGUUAAACGGUCCUUAAUCCGGAGAUUUAUGAUGCUUGGUUUACAUACUUUGGUAUUUGUAUUUGGGAUUCGUGAAGUUGACGAUACUCAAUGUGGUUUCAAGAUGUUUAAUUUUGAAGCUGUUAAACGAAUUUUCCCUCAUUUACAUAAUGAAAAAUGGAUUUUUGAUUUUGAAGUUUUAUUACUUGGAGAAUAUCAAAGUAUGAGAAGAAAAGAAAUCCCAGUCAAUUGGCAAGAAAUGGAUGGGUCAAAGAUUGAUUUGGCUAGAGAUUCCAUUGAGAUGGCAAAAGAUUUGAUUGUUACUCGUUUGGCUUAUAUGAUGAAGAUCUAUAAGCUUGAUGAAUGUGGACAAUUGAAAAAGGCACGUGCGUAG